AUAAGUGCCAGCACUUCAGGCAAGGACUAGAAAACCAGACAGUCAGGUUGCUGCUCCAGUUCUCCAUUCAUUCCAAAGAACUCAGAAAGUGAGAACAGUCUGUGGCCAGAGGCUGGUCAAGUCAUUAGAGCUUGAGCAAACACAGAAGUCAACUCACUGACCACUUGCUCCAUCAUAGGAUGGCCGACCAGUUUUCAGAGGAGCAGAUCGCUGAAUUCAAAGAGGCUUUCAGCCUUUUUGACAAGGAUUCUGAUGGCUGCAUCACCACUAAGGAACUGGGCACUGUCAUGAGGUCACUAGGCCAGAACCCCACGGAGGCUGAGCUGAAGAGCAUGAUUGGAGAGAUUGAUACUGAUGGUAAUGGUACCAUUGAUUUUCCUGAGUUCUUGAGCAUGAUGGCAAGGAAGAUGAAGGACACGGACAGUGAGGAGGAGAUCCGGGAGGCUUUCCGGGUAUUUGACAAAGAUGGCAACGGCUUCGUCAGUGCAGCUGAGCUAAGGCAUGUGAUGACCAAACUGGGGGAAAAGCUCACAGAUGAUGAAGUCGAUGAGAUGAUCCGGGAAGCUGAUGUUGAUGGCGAUGGCCAGGUGAACUAUGAGGAAUUUGUCCGCAUGCUUAUCUCUAAGUAGGGAGGAUGGGGAGGACAGAACUCCAGUCCUGACUCAAAUAGCUUUCUUUAGCUUCAUAUUGUGCUCUUAACUUUCUGAUGGGGGGAUGUUUUAUCUUGAUGUUUCAAAAAUUUUGUACAUCACAACAAUUCCUCCUACAAUCCUCCUCACUGGAUCUUCUGCUCACGAGCUUACAUUCUGCAACUACUUUUUUCUCUAUCAAAUUGUUAGAAUGUCGCAUACUUUUUUUUCCCAUCAUGCUCACCUGUCUGCUCAAAAUAAAACAGGGAUACCCAACGUGCAGCAAUCAGCAAAAAGUCAACUAUCCUUUACAAUGACUCAAACACACAGGAGUUGAAAUGAAGAUAGUGUCAUUCUUUGAAGACAAGAUAUUGAGGUCCAAAAAGUCCUUAAAAACUCUGUGGCCCAUUGAGCAAUGUUAAGAACCUAUUCCAUUCUGGAUAUGAUCUUUGGUGCUAAAUCAUCAUACAAGAUACAGCAGAUAACAUCAGCCCAUAUCUGAAUUCCUAUAUCCUCUCUACAGCCCAUGAGAACAGUAUGCUCCUUUGCUUGAAGACCACCUGCUGCUACAAAUGGGAGUAUUAAUAUUCAGGAGGUUGGGAGAAACAUGGUGCUGGAAAAGAAGGUGAAGGUGGGGACUAUGGGUAAUUGUGUGCAGGCCUCCUCUCCAGCUGUAAUUGCUUCUCCCACCUGUCUGCCUGGAAAAACAUCAUUGACUCACUGGUGAGGGAGAGGGGGAGAAUCCUGGGGAUAGUUGUGAUGAUGUGUCUGUAUUAUUCUUGAUGGAGGAGGGACAUUUAAAUGAAAGGGAUUUGGGGAAAGCUGAAGGAAAUAAAUGAGAAGUUCAUUUUCCUAUUUGAUUUUA